AGCCACUGCCGCAGAGGAGCCAGGCCCAGCUUCGGUGAGCAAACGCGCCCUCCCUGUCGCUCAGCUUCUCUUCCCAGCGCCUGCACUGAUUGUGCUGGAGAAGAAAUACACACACACCCUUCUUUGAUGAUGUCCACUCAGCAAAUGCAGCCACUGGAGCUCUCAGAAGACAGGCUGGACAAGCUAGAUCCUCGCUGCAGCCACUUAGAUGAUCUUUCAGACCAGUUCAUUAAGGACUGUGAGCUUAAAAAGAAGCCAAGAAAGGGGAAAAAUGCACAGCCCACCCUGAAUGUUGAGUCAGACCAAAAAAAACCAAGGAGGAAGGAUACACCAGCACUGCACAUCCCGCCUUUCAUACCAGGUGUGCUUUCAGAACAUCUAAUUAAAAGAUAUGAUGUUCAAGAGAGACAUCCAAAGGGCAAAAUGAGCCCAGCUCUUCAUAACACUGACCUGGAACAGAAAAAGCCGAGGAGAAAAGACACACCUGCUCUGCACAUGCCCCCCUUUGCAGCAGGUGUGACACUUCUCAGGGAUGAGAGACCCAAAGUGAUCACGGAAGAUGACGAAAAGGAUGGUGACAAGAUAGCUAUUUAGAGAUAGUUCCCCUGAGACCACCCUGUAAAUAGGUUAGAUCAGUUCCCUGUGGUGACCUAGAGAAAAAAAAAUAGACUUGUUUCUGCUCUCAUUUUUGUCAUAGUCUGAUUUUAAGAUCCAGACACUUUUUCCCCCAGAGACAUACUACAUCAAAUUGCUGGUAACUUCUUUGUCUCUCUCUUCUUCUUUGAGUCUGCUUUCUACUCCCACGUUUUGAAUUUUCAUUUUCCAAUGCAAUGGAAAAGAAAAAGAUUAUCUUAAUUCAGGGAGUAACAGGGAAAGCUGUGGUAUUCAGUUUCUUCAUUUUCUGGGUCAAUUCAUGGAGCAAAGAACAUGGAAACAUGGAGAUGUUUACUUCUCGGUUUAUGCUGCUGGGCAGGAUUUGACUUAGUUUCAUCCAGACACCAGUCCAAGUGGGGGCUCCCUGUUGUCAGUUAGAGAGGUGAGAAUGUUUGUGUUCUAACUCACUGACUGCUUUGGGGAACAUGGUCUUUUAUUUCUCCUGUCCAAUCUUAAGAGUUCAACUGUCUCUGGUGACAUUGCUAAGAUCCUUGUAACAGAUACUCAAAAAGGUGAAUUUAUGAGCUGGGAGAGUCAGCCCAGCCCACCAUGCUUUGGCUGAAAAUAACAGAGGCAGAGAGUGCUGGUCUGUCUGGGAAGCUUAGCAAUAUGUCCUCAUAAUUAAUUUUUGCUUUUAAGAACAGUAGUUCUUAACCAUACCGUCCUGACAUUUGUGAGCUGGGUCACAAGUAAACCAUUACUGAUGAUAGGUAAAAUACCAAUGUUUGUGAUGAAUUUACUUUUUUAAAAAUUAAGGUCAAUGGAAGACCAUUCUGGUAUUUUUAGACCUAUUUAGACUCCAAUAUGCUUUCUUGGAUGGGAGGGAAAAGUGUGUUGUUAGCUAGUGAGUAGGGGUCUGUAUAUAGCCCCUGCCCCAGCCCAUAAUCUGUGGGUGCCCAUGGGAAGGCUUUGCACAUGGGUCUCAUGCACCAGGAAAUAGACAGGGAGAGAGGUAAGAACUAUUAUUAAUAAGAGGAAAAGUAAAUAUUCAAAUCAUCAUACAUAAGAGGGAUAAUUUGAAAGGUCUGUAUAUACUCUGGCUCCAACAGUUUAUUAAUCCCUUCUGCCUUUCUGUCCUCCUCACAAAGAUGAAAAAGAUGUAGUACCCUGCUGGAAAUAAAGAUACUUCUACCCA